AAAUAAAUCGAAAUAAUUUCGAACAAUUUGUCAAAACUCGAGAUGUCAAUGGACGUAAAUGUCAUUUAUCAAAUUAACACAAAAACAUGCUAAAUUUUUGUACCAUAAAUAAGCUUGAGAAAGCCACUUUUUGAUGGCCGGUUGCGGAAACAUCGAACACCAGUUCAAAGCUGUGACAAAUGGGGGCCAAAAAAUCACCCUGGAACAGAUCAACAAGUGGCUCACUGAUGCGAAACUGCUCAAUAAAAAAAUCACUCCGGAAGACACCAAAUCGUGUUUCGAAAAAUUCAAAUCCGAGACUAUCGAUUUAACAACGUUUGUGAAAUUUUUAAAUGAUUUGUCGGAACAGAAAAGGCUUCCUGUUGGAGAAUUAGAAGGGAAACUUGCUUCGAGUCGAUUAACUAACGAUGGAAGUGUCACGAAGGUUGGAGAUAAAAUAACGGAUGCAAUGAAAAGUGUGGUGGAUGAUGCUUCCAGAACUAACAAGAAGGCUUGCAAACAAGCGAAAUAAUUAAUUCAAAAUAAAAAAAAAUACGAUAAAACAACAUCUUGAGUAGGUACUAAAAAAAAACAAAUAAAAAUAAAAUUAUACCGUGUGACUCGGGUAUUUUUAUUCGCCC